AUGUUCAAGCUGUUCGUAUUCCUCACCUUCUGUCUGGCUUUGAGCUGUGCCGCUCCAGGUUUCCUGCACUCCUCGCCCAUCCUGACCAGCUCCUACCACAGUCUGCCCUCGGUGCGCGUGGUCCAGCCCAUUUGGACCACCUCGCACAGCGUUGUGCAUCCCAUCAGCUACGGGGGAUACGGCCAUGGCCGUGGACUUGGAUAUGGCUGGAUCUAGGAGGAGCCAUCUCACAAUUAGGCGUCCUCAAGACUUGGCCGCCAGAGCACCUGUCGCCCGAAGCUCAACUCGAGUUCCCCGUUGUUUAGCCACCUCUUUGACGGACAUGCCUCUAAUAAAGUUCUGA